AUGAGCACACCGCGUCGCGGCGUCCAGCACCACGGCGACGAGCGCACCGCGACACGAGCAGGAGCAGCCCCCCGAGACAACGACGGACAAGGCGCGGGCGACUUGAGCUUCGGGUCCACGGCGGGGCCGUGGAUCGCCUUCGCCCCGCCGCACCCGUGGGCGCCCGAGCACGCGCACGCGCCCGUGUUCGCGCAGCAGGCACCUGUUGAUCCGUUCCCGUGGAGCAUGCCCACGUCGUUCGCGAACCCAUUUUAUGGUCCAUCGACGCUGAACGCGCCGUGGGGACCGCCCGGCGAGGUGCCCUUCGCCGGCUUCGGCGCCGGGCUUGCGGCUCCGGAACCGGAAUGGCGACACCAGCAACCGGAUGUGUUCGCUGGCACCGCCCGCCGUUCUGUCCCCGUGGUGGUGCCGCCUGACCUCGACGCGGACGGCGGCGGCGGGUCGUGCCUGCCGCUCGCGAGGCAGGCCGGCCUGCGGGCGGCAGGCGGCAACUUCAUCGUCUCGCCGCUGUCGUUCCACGCGGCGCUCGCGCUGGUGGCCGCGGGCGCGCGGCAGGGCGCUCACGCCGGAGUUCAGGGACGCCGCCGCGUCGUGCUACGCGGCGGUCGCGGAGUCCGUCGACUUCGUCUCGGAGCCCGAGGCGAUGAGGCGGCGAGUCAACGUGUUCGUGAGCGAAGCGACGAAAGGGCUCAUCGGCGACGUCCUGCCUCCCGGCUCGUCCUCGCCAACGCUAUCUACUUCAAGGGGACGUGGGCUCGGCCGUUCGAUCGGUCAAGGACCAUCGCCGCGCCGUUCCAUCUCCCCGACGGCGCCACCGUGCGCGCGCCGUUCAUGACCACGAGUUUUUUUUCCAAGGAGCAGCAGGUCGCGGUGUUCCCCGGCUUCAAGGCACUCAAGCUGCCCUACAAGAACGACGGCGGCGGGCGGCAGCUUCUACUCCUCCCCGACGGUGAGGCUCUUAAGAUCAGUGAUCUCUACGAUAAGGCCGUCUCGACACCGGGGUUCAUCAGGAGGCAUACGCCGGUGGACAAGGUCCCGGUAGGGCGGUUCAUGGUGCCAAAGUUCAAGUUCACGUUCGAGUUUGAGGCGUCCGGCGAUAUCCAGAAGCUGGGAGUCAACCGAGCCUUUGCCAACGGCGACUUCUCCGGUAUGGUGUCCGGUGGAAACGGGCUCUUCAUCUCAGGAGUGUACCACAAGGCCACCGUAGAGGUGGACGAGGUCGGCACCGUGGCCGCCGCGGCCAUGGCCGUGUGCAUACAAGAGUGUGCAAGGAUGGGUCCACCGCUGGUAGAUUUCGUGGCGGACCGGCCCUUCUUGUUCGCCAUCGUGGAGAGGAGUGGCGUCCUGCUGUUCCUUGGGCAUGUGGUGAACCCUCUGGUUGGAUGA